CCAUCUCACUCGACUCUGACCAGGCGUCCGUGCCCGCGCCGCAAGCUCGCCCACAAGAUCCCCAAGACCUCCAAGACCACCCCUUGCCAUGUCUUCCUCAGACGAUUCCAUUCUGCCCGGUGACAUCGUCGCCGUGAACCACGGCCAGUACGGAAGGAAGGAGGGUCUGGUCGUCGGCUCCCACGUCGACUACGCCGGUCGUCAAGUCGUCGAAGUACAGCUGGAGCCCGGCGAGAUUUACCAUGCCUGGUACCCCACUGUAACGCGCGUCCGCCGGACCACGUACUACAACCCUGCACCCCACAAGGUCCGCACUGUUGAGCGGCGGAUCUACUGGUAGUCGUUGAGGCCAACUGCUUCUCGAGACUUACGUCUUACAUCCUGCGAUGACCCUGAGUAUUUAUUCUCUCUCUUUCGUUUUGGCCCAUGGUCGUAUGGAGUCAGACAUCCGCUUCACAACAGCCGACUAUGACCGCUGCAUUUCGGACUGAAUGGCGGGGACUGUACGAUGUUUAUGUCGGGGAUUGUGUGCUUCUAGAACGGGACUGUGCUGGAUGAUAGGACCAUGGACUGUACCAUAUAAUUGUACCUUGCAUACACAGUUUCGUUAUCCAGUCAUUCUUAGCUUCGGA